UAGCCGUUAUAUGACUGUGAAUUGAAAUGUUAGUGUAAUAGUGUUCAUACUACUUCAACAUGUAAAUAUGCCACGUAGAUGCUGUAUGCGUGCUUGUAGAGGCAAUUAUACUGCUCAGGAGAGAGUCAGUACAUUCCAUUUCCCUCGUGAUGAAGAUGCAAGGAGAGAAUGGAUAAGAGCAGUUCACCGUGAUAAUUUUACCCCUUCAGAUCACUAUGUGGUCUGUGAGCUGCAUUCCCAUGCACACGAUAGAGAAAGAACUACAUCAGCAUAUGAGCUAAGACUGGAAGAUUAAUUACAACACCUCUUGACCGUCCACGUCUAAGGAAAGGUGCAAUAGCAGCUCUAUUGCCAGGAUGUCCUGAAUAUUUAUCUACACCGUCAGCAUCAAGAGAACAUCCUGAAGAUCUAAGACAGCGUUUGGAAAAUGCUUUCGUCAGAUCUGCGCUGAAAGAAAGUUUGAUUACUCAUGAAGACCAUAAGAAGGCAAUAUCAUUCUCUUGGUUGAAGGAAUUAUGUGAUAAAAUUAAUAGUAGUCAUUUGAAUGAGUGGACCUGUGUCAGAAAGUUGA